UCCAUAUGAAUCGUGUUUCGCAAUUUUCCCACCCAUUUCGACCUCCAUUAUAGAUGUUGAAUUGAAUAAUUUCCCUCUCAAAUCUCCAUCUUCCUUCAAUCUAAAAGGGAAAAUGCCGAUUGAGAUACUAAAAGGGUUGCCAUUUUCAGUAGAUACAUGGAGUUCGAAGUCAAGCACAAAGAGGCAUCAUUUCUUAACACAUGCUCACAAGGAUCACACUCAAGGGAUUUGUAUUUAUGGUUCAUUUCCAAUUUAUUGUUCCCGUCUUACCAGGACUCUUGUUUUACAGCAUUCUCCUCAGCUUGAUGGAUCAUUUUUUGUGGGUAUUGAAGUUGGGCAAUGUAAAGUGAUCAAGGACCCUGAUGGUGAUUUCAAGGUUACUGCCCUUGAUGCCAAUCAUUGCCCAGGAGCUCUAAUGUUCUUGUAUGAAGGCAAAUUUGGAAAUUUCCUGCAUACAGGAGAUUGCAGACUCACGAUUGAGUGUUUGCAACAAUUACCCCUAAAGUAUGUGGGCACCCCUGGAAAAGAACCAAAGUGUCAGCUUGAUUGCAUUUUCCUUGAUUGCACAUUUGGUCAGUCUCCAUUGAAGAUGCCCAGCAGGCAGGCAGCAAUCCAACAGGUCAUCAAUUGCAUAUGGAAGCACCCUCAAGCUCCUACAGUAUAUCUGACAUGUGAUCUUCUUGGCCAUGAGGAGAUUCUCGUGCAGGUUGCACAGACAUUUGGUUGCAAGAUUUACGUUGAUAAAGCUAAAACUCCAGAAUGCUUUCAGGCUUUGGAACUAAUGGUGCCUGAAAUCCUGUCUGAAGACACAUCUUCUCGUUUUCAACUGUUUGAUGGGUUUCCAAAACUGUACCAAAGAGCAGAAGCCAAGAUCACAGAGGCUCGGUCUGAUUGUCAGCAUGAACCUCUAAUUAUUAGAGCAUCAGCACAGUGGUAUGCAUGUGAUGAUGGUAUUUCGGAUAUUGAAAGGCGGAAAAAAGAAAGAUGUGAUCAACCAGUGAGAGAUAUAUUCGGUGUCUGGCACAUUUGUUACACCAUACACUCAUCAAAGGAAGAACUGGAGUGGGCUCUGCAACUUCUUGCACCUAGGUGGGUCGUCUCUACAACACCUAGUUGUAAGGCUAUGGAGCUGGAUUAUAUGAAGCGUCUAUUUAAUCAACAUCGGAAUUUUGAUGACCCUUUCUGGAAACUUUUGGGAUUCACUAUGGACGUGGAAUCUGAGGUUGAUGCAGAAACAGCUCCAGAUGUAGUUGAAGUUUCAAGCUCACCUUUGGCCAAGAGCAAUGCUCAAGAUUAUGCAGACAACUCCCAGUCAACGACAUCAUCUUUUAGCAUUUGUAGGCAGUCACAUCUGUCUUCUCCAAGCAAAACAGCCCCAGUAACAUUAUUUGGUAGGGCAAGGCUUGGGCUCAAUGGUUCUCAUUUCAAACAUGAAGAAAAGGAGCCUAUACUUCCAGAUAAAAAUGAUGUAUUCAGAUGUUCCGAUGAGUUAGAGGUUAUUUCAUUUAAGAAGGAAGAAGUUGUGGUGGAAGCUGGUAAGACCUUGGCAGUAAGUGAAGGUUUAGACAUCAAGAGUAAAGAGUGCUUGAUGCACACAGAAACACAGAAUUGUAUUUUUGAGUCAGCGGUUGGAUUGUCAAACAGUUACAACCCAAGUUUGAGAAAAUUAUACCGGUCUAUGCAUGUACCAGUGCCUCGACCCCUUCCUUCGUUGACAGAGCUUAUGAAUGCUACUAAGCGUGCUAGGAGAAGGCUGAUAAAAAUACAGAUAACUUAUACUCCAUAUACCUGCUCUUCACCUUCCCUUUUUACAGGCUGCUGUGCACUGAAACCUUCCAAUUACCUGCCUACUGUAUAUUGUUUGUACAUCAUAAUUUCUUAUGAAUAAUUUAAUGGUACACUGGAAGAUACUUUUCGAUAUUCAUUUGUUAACAGACUCCAUUCUAUUCAAUGUGGAAGGUAUUUUAUGUUAGAUGAUAUCAUAUUUCAGUUCUACCCUCUUCAGACCCCACUUGUGGAAUUACAUUGGGUAGUGUU